CAUACGAAAAGCUCUCCCGGAUUUUCUCCUCCGCCAGGAAGACGUAUAUCUCUGUUCCUGCAUACCGGGACGAGAAGGAUGCCGACGAGAGACUCCUGUCCGAGGAUUCAUCAAGCACUGUCAACGAAAUCCCCGGAUAUUCUAGCAGCCUGUCAAGAACUCGGUAUCGGCUUUCAUUGAUCUUGAAUGUGGUCUUUCUCGUUGCAGUCAUCUGUGUGGUUGCAGCUGGCUGGUCGGACCUGGUCUUGCGGUAUGGUGACAAGCAUCACAAUGGUCUGCUCAAGAAGACCUCUCAGCCAUGUAGGAUGCUAUCUCUGAUAGAGUUGAUCAAAGAAUUUUGUAGUUGAAAGUGCUGACGAUGGAUGGCCAGCCCCCAUCCUAAAUCAAAUGCACAUUCCCGUCUCGACUGUGCGUCGGAACGGCUCUCUUCUUCCUAACAACCCGCCCAGCAUCUACCGACAAGACCCCAGCCCCGAGGUAGACGCCGCAUGGCAUCGAAUUGCGAAUAUCAACCCGAUCGCCAUGAACGCCGACGAAGUCCGCCGCAACGGCUACGACCCGAGUAUUGUAGCCGAAUGGCCGGCAGAGUACGGUUUCGGACCCGGAGCGUUUGUCGGACGCCUCGACGUGUUCCACGAGCUGCACUGUCUCGACCUGCUGCGCCGCGAGGCUCACUACGAGCACUACUAUCCCGAGUGGCCCAAGUCCGAGGGCGGCGCACCGGAAGACCACCGCGUGCACAUCUCGCACUGCGUGUACAGUCUUCUGCAGAGCCUCAUGUGUUCUGCCAGCACGGAUCCCUUCAUCCACUACUGGGUGGAUGUGGGUGACGAGCCAUACCCGGACUUCAGUAUCAAUCGGCAAUGCCGGGAUUUCGACGCAGUCUUGCGCUGGCAGGAAGAGAACUCGGUUCCCAUGAGCCAAUACCGAAACGUGAUCCGCAAGCCUUUGGGUGUGAUCCCGCGGAUCAUGUCGGAUGAGUAUAAAUAUAUGGUCGGGCUGUUGCAGAAGGAGGGACGAAAGCCCUCUAGUAGCCAUCACCACGGGUAGUUAGUUUAUAGUUAGGAGAUCUGAGUUGUUUCAAUUAAAA